UUCAUGGGAAAUCUCUUCUUUUCCAAUUAAACUUUCUCUCUCUAACCCAAUUCAUUCCAUUCUUUCAUUUCAACCACCAUGGACGGAGAACAACUUUCAUCCCUCCGUUCUCCAAUCCUCACAACCCUAAAAAACAGAUCUCAUAAUAACAACAAUGUCACCACCCAAACCAAAACCCACCAUCGGAAAACCGCCGCCGGUAAACCCAAUCAUCAAAACGGCGGAUUUUUCACAAAUGCAGCUUUCACCAAAUGGGGAACAAAUGAAUUAUUGACUGUCUUAACAAACCAUCAAAUACCCUGUUUCUUAUCCAUUGCCUUGUUCUUCUUCAUGUGGGUUGAAUACACUCUUCACAUGAUAUCCCCUUCAUCGCCGCCGUUUGAUAUCGGAUUCAUAGCCACAAAACGUCUUCAAAUGAUUCUGGCGUCUAACCCAGAUCUGAAUAAUGUUCUUGCCGGACUUAACACGGUUUUUGUUGCAAUGCAGACGGGUUAUAUAUUGUGGACAUGGUUGAUUGAAGGAAGGAUGAGAGCGACGAUAUCGGCUUUGUUUAUGUUUACUUGUAGAGGGAUUCUUGGUUAUUCUACUCAGCUUCCUCUUCCUCAGGAAUUUGUAGGAUCGGGUGCGGACUUUCCAGUGGGGAACGUUUCGUUUUUCUUGUUCUAUUCGGGUCAUGUAGCUGCGGCAGUGAUAGCAUCUCUUGACAUGAGGAGAUUGAAGAGAAUGGAGAUGGCACAUGUUUUUGACGCGCUCAACAUUUUGCAGAUCGUGAGGCUACUCGCAAGCAGGGGCCAUUACACAAUCGAUCUCGCUGCUGGAAUCGGGGCUGGCUUUCUCUUUGACUCCUUGGCCGGAAUGUACGUCCAAUCUAAGAACAAGGUCGGACCAGUCACCAACGGUAAUGGUGUGAACCGGUAAAAUUUUGACUUUCAACCUCUUUUUUGUCUUUUGAAUAUGACACAGGAUUUGGGCGUUAUUAUUAUUAAACAUCUAGAAGAACAUGUAAAACUGCAACUUUUUCUUGUAUAUGUUUCUUAACUUUCUUUACAUGUCUUAAUUGAUUGAUGACUAAUUUGUUCA